AGCGAGAGAGAGGCAGAGGAAAGGCGACUAGGAACCGAAGAAGCACUACAGCCGUGGGUGCCCGCCACCAUGAGAGCCUUGCAUCACUUGCCCAAGCCGUUGCUUCGUCCGUGGGCCAUGUCGUGAUACGUGGGCUCCGCCAGCGGGAUUUCUGUCCGUAAUCCGAGCCGCCGAGGAAGGGGGGAGAAGAUGUCCGCCUCGGUGGGCCCUCGGGGCGGCCCGCGCCCACCCGUUGCGCCGGUGUCCAUGCCUGAGCCGGACCUUAGCCAUCUGACUGAGGAAGAGAGGAAGAUAAUCAUGGCCGUGUUAGCUCGACAGAAGGAGGAGGAGGAGAAGGAAGAGGCCAUGUUAAAGGAAGAGAAGCCCAUCCAAGCAAGAACUGUGAACCUGGUAGGCCAAAAGAAGCCUCCUCAGCAAAAUGAUGUCAGAGGUAUCCAGCAGCAGUUGUCCAGCUACAGGGAGACGGUGAGGCGGGUGGGGGAGGAGACGCGUCGGCAGACCACCACGGGCCAGCAUCGGGACGACGCGCCCACUUGUGGCAUCUGCCACAAGACCAAAUUCGCUGAUGGCUGUGGCAACCUCUGCUCCUACUGCCAGAUCAAGUUCUGUGCCCGCUGUGGGGGGAGGGUGUCCCUGCGCUCCAACAAUUAUCUCCAGUUCUAG